AUGAGGCUCAUCAACACCAAAACUCUAAAGCUUGAGGAGUUUCAGAGCCACAUCCCGACAUAUGCCAUCCUAUCCCACACUUGGGGCGAUGAGGAGGUAUCAUUCGUCGACUGGCAAGACAAUUUGUCUGACUUCAGAAUAAAAUCUGGGUUUGACAAAAUACAAAAGUCUUGUCAUCAAGCUCGCCUCGAUGGUUACGAUUAUCUCUGGUGCGAUACGAACUGUAUCGACAAAAGAAGCUCUGCAGAGCUGAGUGAGGCAAUCAAUUCCAUGUUCAGCUGGUACAAAAACUCUUCAGUUUGUUAUGCCUACCUUGCCGAUGUACAGCCUGGCGACCUGCAAUCCUUCUCUUCCUCUCGUUGGUUUACUAGAGGAUGGACGCUACAAGAGCUUCUAGCACCCAAGUCUUUCAUCUUUUUCGCCAAAGACUGGUCCGUUUUCGGAACAAGAAAUUCCCUAUCUGAGAAGAUUUUUGAAAUCACGAAGAUCAAGAAAGAUCAUACCGGAGACAAUAUCCAUCAAGUCAGCGUCAGCGAGCGCAUGUCUUGGGUGUCACACCGCGAAACAACGAGAGUAGAGGAUAUAGCAUACUGUAUGCUUGGCAUCUUUGAUAUCAACAUGCCCUUACUAUACGGGGAAGGGAACAAAGCAUUCAUUCGACUCCAAGAAGAAAUUAUUCGUGUCUCGAAUGAUCAGUCAAUAUUCUGUUGGGAGUGGAACAGGGAAUGCGUUCCUGAAAAUUGGCCAAGCAUGCUAUCGCCAUCACCAAAGACGUUUGAAAACUCUGGUUCAUACUACAGACCACCAUGGGCCAACGAUUCUUUGUCAUACGCCACAAGCAAUUCUGGGCUAUCGAUUAGUCUAAAACUUCUUACUAUUGCGUAUACGAGAACCCUUUGGCCUACGACGGCUUAUAGGAGCUUCGACUCAAAGGGCUGUCGCUACUUGGCUGUACUCGAUGUUGCCUGCCAUGAUACUAAGCAACAUGUCGCCAUAGUCUUGCAAAAGCUUCCCCUAUCUCGACGCUAUGCCAGAUUCUCCUUUCCUCAUCGACCUACGCCUAUCAACAAUGUCAGUGGUAUACCUCUAUCGAGCUUAUAUGUUGCAGGCCCAAGAGACCAACAGCUCUUGAUGGCGCAGUCACCGAUGUCAAUAAAUGCUCCUAGGUUUGGUCUAUUUGUCACUGUGAGUUGCCCCAGUAAGAUCAGUGCUAUCUCCACCAAACCGGAGGUAGAUCACCAUUGCUGGACUCAUGCUUUGCGUCCACUCACUGAUAAUCUGUUUGGGGCUGUGUUCGUGGUAAAGCUUGUAGUGGACCUUCCAUCAGGGCAACCAUCGACGGACUCAAUUGCUGUCUUCUGCUUUGUGGGCGUGGACGCAACAUCUAUCGAGGAGUUCUUUUGUCAAAUCCUCGAGAUCCGAGGUACUGUUGAUGACAGGUUCGUGGUCGAAGAAAAUGUUGCUUAUUACGAGUCCAAAAUCCGUGACUCUGUUCGAAGCUCAGGAUUUCCUGAUGGGAAAAGUUCAGCUUUUCCUUCAGACUUCAUGUCCAUCUCAGAUGAGGCCGUAUGGUUGCACAGUGGGUCAUGGGUUCGCAUAUCGGAUAGCUCCAGAGUCUCUGUGGCACAUAUCACCAUCCCUAUGGUUCCACCGUUUCGCUUUCCUUCCAAGGUCAAACCGGGUCUUUUGUCUACUUGA